CGUUCAUUGUCCAUCACUGUGGCUUCUUCAUUUGUCUCAACAUGGCCGUGUCCAGCUUGUGUCCAGCUUUAGCUGCAGCAAUCUUGCUUGGGCUAGCUCAGACGGUGACGUCACAGCCGAUGACGUCAUGUUCCCCCAACCCAGAAAUCCGAAAGUCCGAGCUGAUGAAAUGUUUUUCAGAGCUGGGAUUCACACGUGACCAGAGUAACUCGGUCUUCUCGCUAAAUAUAGAAGUGUUGUGUAGGAUGCAGGGGGAGUUUAUCCAGGCCAUCAAGUGCCAGAUUGAUCAGUUGACCCGCUGCUGGCCUGAGAAAGUCAUGACGGCACCAAGUCUGGAGGCCAACGGUCUGCCUGGGUACAUCAGCGCUCUGUGCAGUACUAAAGGCCUCAACAGCACGUGCUAUGACCAGAGGAAGCCUGACGUCAACGUGUGUACUCGUCAGCUGAUAGACAGGAUGUCGUCACACGUCACGUCACAGGAGGGUCUGUGUGUAGUGAUGCAGGAGCUAGCAGCCACUUGUGCCAGGAACAUUCUACAGGACUGUGGUGACGUCACCGUGGACGUGGUGGUCAAGCAUAUCUCGCUGACCAGACCUGCCAGGUGUCUGGUCAGUUCGGCCUGAGGAGGAGGGGGGAGGGGCAGUGGCGGAACUAGAA